GUUUGCAUUGCUGCACUGCACAGCACAGCACAGAUAAGCCCUAAUUGUUAUGCAACUCCUUAGCAUAAGCUCCUGGCAUGGCUCAUAUGCUUCCCUUGUACUAAGACUGUCCAAAAUAGCAACAAGAAAGCAUGUAACUAAAGACACAGCAGGAGUGUAGGAAUUCACCCAGGCCUUGGAUGUUGUAAAGAUUGAACAAUUCUUCAUUUCAAACUCUGCAAAAUGCUAAGCAUAAUGUAUUUUCUUCGGAGCUUUUUCAAGACCCCACAGCCGGUUGAAAACUACAUCAGUGAAGGAGAGUUUGAAGACGAUCUGAGUUCUUCUACCCCGAGCACAACGGAGCUGGAGGUCCGUGGAUCCAGCCAAGAAACAGAUGAAGAUUAUUUUGAAACCGUGUCACAUCAGAGUGGGUCUUUGUCAGAUGUAAAAACUGAGCCUUAUGAGAGUGCAUCAGACACAGAAUCCCUUUCCAGUGACGUAACUGGGAAUGCUUGCUCGGAUUCAAACUGCCUGCUUACUGAGAAAAUCCCCCUGUGCUGUAAUGUUCCCAAAGAAAAGGCAGAAACCUCCCAGGAACAGAACAGCUCCAGCCAACCAGAGUUCACCCAGCCUGUACAGCUAGCAUUGUCCUCCAAAAUAAAAGAAGCACCAAGCAAAACUGAAUUUUGCAUCCAGUUUGAAGAGUUAGAAGGUGAAGAAUUGGGUGAUGAAGAGCUAACGUUAUCCAGUGAUAUUUCCACCACAGAGAGCCAAGUCUAUGAAGAGAACAUUUUAUCAUGGGCAAAGAGAGAGUCUGUAACAGCACAGCAGAUUAAGGCAGAGUUAGAAAGCAGGGAAGUGCAGUCCUCUACCAACUCAGUACUUACAAAAAAUGACGUUGCAAGACUGAAGGAACACCCUGCAGUAUUUAGCAUUGCUUGUUUCAAAGCAAACUCAGAAAGUUGUUUGAUUUUUCCUGAGGUACAGCUGUUUUCCUUCCGGUCAGAUGCAGCACCAAGCUGCAGUUUGCCUAAUCUUCAUUUUGAAACAAAUGGGCCUAGCUGUAAAAGUGAUACUGAGACACCUGACUGUAAGUGUGAAUUAGAGUCUAUGUCCAGUAUAAAAUGCAGCAGGAGGAAUUCAGCUGACAGUGAGGACACUACAGGUAAAAGGAUAAAGUAUGGAAGUACAGAAACCAUGUUGACAUCAGAUUCACUCUCCUACCAGAGUUGCUUCAACCCAAAAUCCUGGCUACCACAAAAAAGGUCAGAGAUUACAGAAAGUAAAACAUGGCACAGUGUACCUGAAAAUAUCAGUGCUCAAAGGGAGACAGAAUGUCUGGUGAGCUGUAUUCACUCAACAGACAAAUUUAGAUGGUCAUGUUCCAGAAUACAUCUUCAAGAGCUGGAUUUUGAAUACACUUGGAAAAACUUAGGAAGGGUAACUGUAAGCCCUGAAAAGGCUAUAGAAACAGAGGGCCAGUUUGGCAUGAGAAGAUCUUUUCUUGAUACUGACACAGACUCAAAGGUGUGUCAGGUUUCUCAACCAGCAGCCUCUCUCCAGUGCAUUGAUUAUUGUUUGCACUCUAAAUCAGAGACAUGUGGCCUUAGCCCAGAGCCAGCUGGUACUUGUGCUGACAGCUUAACAGGGAGUGAUUCUUGUGAGGACAAUCCAAACCAAAAGGAGACAUCCCCUUCCCUGGAUUGUGAUCCAGGGAUCAUAGAUACUGAGGAACUUACACAAAACAAUGAGUGCACAGCUGAACGAGAUCUGGAAGAGAGCAGAUUCCCAAGUGAUAUUGAUAUUGAACUUACACAAAACAAUGAGUGCACAGCUGAAAGAGAUCUGGAAGAGAGCAGAUUCCCAUGUGAUAUUGAUGUUGAACUUACACAAAACAAUCAGUGCACAGCUGAAAGAGAUCUGGAAGUGAGCAGAUUCCCAUGUGAUAUUGAUAUUGAACUUACACAAAACCAUGAGUGCACAGCUGAAAGAGAUCUGGAAGAGAGCAGAUUCUCAUGUGAUAUUGAUAUUGAACUUACACAAAACAAUCAGUGCACAGCUGAAAGAGAUCUGGAAGAGAGCAGAUUCCCAUGUGAUAUUGAUAUUGAACUUACACAAAACAAUCAGUGCACAGCUGAAAGAGAUCUGGAAGAGAGCAGAUUCCCAUGUGAUACUGAUGUUGAAUCAGACACUGGUGACACUGAGAGCCCUGCAGCUUCUCCUGCAGGUGUUCCUGCUGGUGUGGAAAGCACAGACUGGGAUUGUUCUGUAACCUGUGUUUCCAGUAGUGGAACACAGCACACACAUUUGAAGGAGAAUGGUCUUGAAUCUGAGCUGUCAGAUACGGAGAUUGUGGCAGGAGAAAGAUGGGCAGAUGAUUCUGAUUCUUCUGAUCUUGGCUUUGGUUGGAAAGUCCUGGAAGCUGCAACACAACCAGAUGGCAGUGACAGAGGGGCAGAGCGUGGAGAGUCAGAGCAGCAAAAUACAAGUUGCAAAACUGGUGCCUUGAGGAGCCACUCGGAGCUAGGAACACAUGAAUAUCCUACUCAUGAAGAAAAGGAUGAAGAGAGUGUCUUGGCUGUUGAAAGGACUCUCAGAUCAGAUUAUAUAAUGCAGGGAAGGGAUGUAAUGACUGCUCCAGAAUUAAAGCCUGCCCUAAUUAUAGCCUCUGUGGAAGAGAAAGGAUUACAGUCCCAAACACUGAAUGAUAACCUUCCUACUGAAGUGGUAGCUGAAACAUUGGGAAAUGUAGUGAGCAAGGAUUUGAUGUCUCCUCAUACUGUCAGUAAAGCUCAUGGUGAGCCAGAGAGAGUUCUGAGUGAAUGCUGUAACUGUGAAGAACUAAUUCUGGCCACCCACCCCAUUCCUGGCAGUGCAGAGGUACUUUCUGGUAGGGAUACAACUGAAGUAAAACCAGAAAUUUCAGAAGAGAAAAGAGAAAAAACAGAAGUAGUUUCAUCCUUAGGGCUCACCUGUAGUAAUUCUGCAGUAGCAAGUGCAAAAUUGGAAUUCAGGAAUGUUGCUGUAGCACUAGGCAGUGAUUCACUUCCUGCAGAAAUUCAGACAGAUCCAUGUGAAAAAACACUUGUAAAAUCUCCCAGGGGAAGCAGUGUGGAGCUCUCUGAGGAUGAGCACUGCAGAGCAAGGCCACUGGUGACUGGAACAGUGCCACUGGAAACCAGCAGCAGUGUAAGCAGUGUGUGCCAGGAAGGUGGUGCUGGUGUCAGCCUUGAAGGGCCCAGCACUGUAAAAUCACAGGGCAGAGGUGGUGUGAUGGCCUUUGAGGAAGAGCCCUGCAGAACAAAGAGGGGAUUUGAAUUCAGGAGAGAACAGUUAGGAAGGUCAGGCUUUGGAAACCUUGGAAGAAGCGAUGACCAGGUGUCUAAGGAAGAGGAAUUCAAAGCACAUGGAAGCACAGAGGAAGGUUUGAAUAUUACUAGGGCAGUGACAGUGGACAUGAGCAGCAGUGUAAGAAGUUUGUGGCAGGGAGAUGGUGCUGGUGUCAGCCUUCAUUGGCCCAGCAUGGUCUCUGAACAAGCAGUAGGCAGGAGAGCAAAGGAAAGCUGUAUGGGCUCAAGGGAAGAAACAGGUAUUUGUGGAGAAGCCUCUCCUAGGGAAGGAAAGGAGGGCUCUCCUGCAGAAGAUGCCUCUAGCCCCAGCAAAGACAGUGCACUCAGUCUGGAUGUGUCUGAUGUCUUUGAUGAGUCUCUGAACAGGGACACCCACAGCACUUUCAUGCUGGGCCUGGACAAUGUGAGUACCUGCAGCACCAACAGUGAGGAACUGGAUGAGAACUCAUCCCACAUCCUGGGGAGUAACAGCAGUCUUCAUAAAGCUGUACAAAAGCCAACAAAGAAUGAGUAUUGUGGGAAAUCUUCCAGGUUUUUGGUAUUCCCAAAAAUGACAUCUUUCAGGAAAACUAAGCCUGCCUCAUGGGAAAAUCAGGGAAGCAGCAGUAUCUUUGGCAGCAAGGUAAAGAUGGAAGAACUGGAUGUUGGGAAAGAUGAUGACGACACUGCAAGUUUACUGUCUUUCAAAAGUUGUUCAUCUGGUUUAGUCUUCCACAGGAAGGAAAGCUACACCUCUGAGUACUCCGAUGAUGAUGAUUUAUUUUAUGAGAGACCUGCAGGAUUUUUCAGAUUGAGCCUGAGGAAGGCCUCUGGCUCUGGUCGGAUACUGAUGGAAGAUGCAGAUCGACAAGUUUCAGGUUCAUCUGAAAACAAUGACAGUGAACCUGUGGAGCAUUCAGGGAUUAGAAAAUCAUUCCCUGAAAAUGAACACAAAAGAAACAAAACCCCUGAGGGUAAGAAGUUCAGGACAAGGUUGGCCUUGGCACACAAAUCCCUCUCAAGCUUAUUUGAGUCCAAAUGUCCAGAAAAGGAAAACACUGAGCAAAGCUCAAAAGCAUCAGUGAAAAAUGAAAAGGAGAAAGUCAAACUUCGCCAGAGUGCCUGGAAAGCUUUUCUAAAGAGCAAGGAGGCAGAUGGACUAAAAAGACCUGUCCUAGUAAGUUUAUCAUCCACACAGGAGGGUCUCAAUGCAACCAGUGGCCAAGUGUUAACACCACUAGAACGACAGUAUAGUUCCAACAGAAACACUUUUUUAAAAACAGAAACAGAUAAUGGCUCCUCAACAGACUCCAACUAUUUUGACAGCUCUGUGGAGCCUCUUGAUGUCUCUUUACCUGCACGUAUGUGGAGAAGAAGAAUACAGUCCCAUGACUUGGGUAUCAGAUACUCACAGAGUUCAGACUGUGAUGAACAGCAGGAGGUUCUGAGCAACAGUUUAAACACUUCUCUUGAGGAAUACUGGAUUAAAACUCCAUUUAGCCCCCCUGACUUCCAGUUGGCAUUUAGUCAGUCAAGUCCAUCAUGUCCCCAGCUCUCCAAUUCUGAUGGUAAAGACAUGCCCUGUAGGCCCAUGAGUCCCAAACCUCAGAGCUCACGGUCCAUUUCUCAGCACAAGAACUUCCGCUACCCCGGGCACAUUUGCGCCGCUUCUAUGAUCUCUCUUGGGAACAGCUCUGGAGUGGAAAGCAGUCUGGAGGCUCCUGAGAGGCCAAAGACACUGAAACCCAGAGGAAGUCUCCUACACUCCUUGGACGACUUCCAGAGGGAUGACAGUGGCAUAAGCAGUCAAUCCCAGAUCAGCUUAAAUACAGCUUCUUCCAUUAGUGACAUGCUCCAGGACGAGUUUGUAAAACAGGAGUCUAAGCAGCCAUGUCAAACAGCAGCUGGAAAGAGGCCAAAUAAGAAAUGGGUUCCCCAUCGCAAAAGGAGGCCCCCCCGGGUCCCAGCGUGCCCUGUGGCCACCCUGGAGAGCAGAGCCCGCACAUUUUCCUUCCCUGCUCCCGAGGAAAAAGCCAAGGAGAUGCCAGAGAGGAGGAGGAAGAGACCCAAACCCCUCUAUAAGUGCUUCAGCUUCGAUGAUGUUUGGAUGGAGAGGAGUCAAAAAAGGAAGCUAGAGAAGGAGACACAGCCAGAGGGAGGGGUUCAGUUGCAACAUCUCCCACAGGACCCCUCAAAAGCUGGAAUAAGUCCAUCCAUCACAUCUCCUGUUGCCUUUGACAUCCUGCCCCUGAAGCUGCAUUCCUUUUCCAAGAGCACCCCGACAGGCCUGGACUGCGUGGGCUGCAAACGGCGCAUCUCCGCUCCUGUGAUCACUGACGGAGGCCUGGACAAGACAGCCCUGACGGACGAUGUGGGCAGCGAGGAGGAUCUGUACGAGGAUUUCCGCAGCUCUGCCCACCGCUACGGCCACCCCGGCGGCGGCGGCGAGCAGCUGGCCAUCAACGAGCUGAUCAGCGAUGGCAGCGUGGUGUACGCGGAGGCGCUCUGGGACCACGUCACCAUGGAUGACCAGGAGCUGGGAUUCAAGGCUGGAGAUGUCAUCGAAGUGAUGGAUGCCACCAACAAGGAGUGGUGGUGGGGCAGGAUUCUGGACAGUGAAGGCUGGUUCCCAGCCAGCUUUGUUCGGCUGCGGGUGAAUCAGGAUGAGCCCAUGGAGGAUUAUCCCCUGAAGGUGGAGGGGGGCAGAGAGGAGGAUUCCCGGCGCUUUGGGAUGGGCCAGACCACCAAAGACCAGAUGAGGACCAACGUCAUCAAUGAGAUCAUAAGCACAGAGAGAGACUACAUCAAGCACCUGAAGGACAUUUGUGAGGGUUACAUAAAGCAGUGCCGCAAGAGAGCCGACAUGUUUACAGAGGAACAGCUGAAGACAAUCUUUGGGAAUAUUGAGGACAUCUACAGGUGCCAGAAGAAAUUUGUUAAAGCACUAGAGAAGAAGUUCAACAAAGACCACCCACAUUUGAGUGAGGUUGGCUCAUGCUUCUUGGAAUAUCAAACAGAGUUUCAGAUCUACUCCGAGUACUGCAACAACCACCCCAACGCGUGCCUGGAGCUGUCGCGCCUGGCCAAGGUGAACAAGUACGUUUACUUCUUCGAGGCCUGCCGCCUGCUGCAGAAGAUGAUUGACAUCUCCCUGGACGGCUUCCUGCUCACCCCCGUGCAGAAAAUCUGCAAAUACCCCCUGCAGCUGGCCGAGCUGCUCAAGUACACCAACCCCCAGCACAGGGAUUUCAAGGACGUGGAGGCUGCCCUGAAUGCCAUGAAGAACGUGGCUCGGCUCAUCAACGAGCGCAAGCGGCGGCUGGAGAACAUCGACAAGAUCGCCCAGUGGCAGAGCUCCAUCGAGGACUGGGAGGGAGAAGACGUCCUAGUCAGAAGCUCAGAACUCAUCUAUUCUGGGGAAUUAGCCAAAAUCUCCCACCCUCAAGCCAAGAGCCAACAGAGGAUGUUCUUCCUCUUCGAUCACCAGCUUGUCUGCUGCAAGAAGGACCUCCUGCGCAGGGACAUCUUGUACUACAAGAGUAGGAUCAGCAUGGAUGACAUGGAAAUACUGGAUGUGGAAGAUGGCAAAGACAAGGACUUCAAUAUCAGUGUGAAAAAUGCAUUUAAGCUGCACUGCAGAGACACUGAGGAAGUCCAUUUAUUCUGUGCAAAAAAGCCUGAGCAGAAACAGCGCUGGCUGAAGGCGUUUGAGAAUGAAAGGAGGCAGGUGCAGCUCGAUCAGGAGACAGGGUUUUCCAUCACGGAGGUGCAGAAAAAGCAGGCAAUGCUGAAUGCCAGCAAGCAGCACCAUGCUGGGAAGCCCAAGGCUGUCACCAGGCCCUACUACGAGUUCCUGCUGCGGCAGAAGCACCCCACGCUGCCCAGCACGCUCCCUCAGCAGCAGGUCUUCAUGCUGGCAGAGCCCAAGCGCAAGCCCUCGAACUUCUGGCAGAACAUCAGCAGGCUGACGCCCUUCCGGAAAUAGGGGCAGCCCCUGUUUGUGCCUGAAGCCCUUCUGAGAAAGCACUUUAUUCCUCACUGCUGGCAGGUGGAGCCCAGGUUCAGCCAGCCCUGUGCUCACACAGGAUGGCACAGGUGCUCCUGCCUUCCCUAUUUAUUUUGCAGCCCGGCUGACCCGCUGGCUCCCGGGCGAGGCCGCGGUGCCGCGGAGCCAGCCCUGCCCUGCCCAGCAGGCAAAGCUCCAGGAGCACACAGCAGGGAGCUGGACAGGCUGCAGCCCGAGAGAUUUACCUUGUCAGCUGUACUUGGACUCACUCCUUCUGGCUGUGCCCAGCACUGCUGGCCAGCAGCUGCCAUGGCGAGGGCAGCCCAUGGACCCGCUGGCCCCGUGGCCGCUGCUGUGCUCGGAACAACAGCUCAGAGGCCGUGGUGAGGAGGGAUGAACCCUUCUGCUGUGCCCACCCCAUGCCCUGCAUUUCUCAGAGCUGUGAUCCUCCUCCACGUGUCCAGCUAACUCAGCAGCCUCUGCAGGCCCUCAGAGCACAGUGAGCACUGCACUGUGACCUCCUCCCUCCCUCCCUUUAGUCCAGCAGCACCGUGAACGGUGCCCCACAUUAAACUGUGCCAACCUGCAGCAUGAGUCAAGUUGAAGAAUCUCUCUAGUGGGUUUGAGUUACAUAAGUUAGAGAAAAAUGUGCCUAAUUAAUACCAUACUCAAUUCUUUAGAUUCUCGUCUCUCCAUCAUUCUGCCAUAUUUCCUGGCCAAUGAAAAUGCUCAUUGUUUGUAAUGUGUUUAUUUAUGGUAAAAAUCAGAACUGUGUAUUUUGUAAGUCUGUAAUUGUUCUUGUCAGAUGUUGUUAACUUGAUGCCUGUUUUGUCUGUUUUUCUUUUCCUUUUUUUUUUUUAAAAAAAAGGUCAAUAUUUGCAAACCUAGCUCCCAGAAGUCAGAGUCUGCUGUUCAACUCUGCAAUGUCAUUGUUAUGCAAACUCCCACAGACCCUCAAAUUCAAGGAGUGUUACUGACACUUAUAAAAAUGGAAAACCACUUGAUAAAGGCCUAAAUUUGGCAUAAAGAGCCUCACUUUAAGUACCCAAGUUUCAAAUGGUGGCCAAAAAGAAUGAAUUUCAACUUUGGUUAGCAAAAAGAAAGAUUUGCCUUACCAUAGUGAGAGUUAGAAGCCAUACUGACUGAAUUCCCUAGAUUAGGAGACAUCCUGUGACAGUGGAAAGAAGACACUGGCUCAUUCCAGCUCAAGUGUGAGUGAGCACUAACUGUCUGCAGAGCUCAGAAAUCCAGUGUUUGUUGAUGCUGUAGCUGACCAAAGUCUGGUCAUCCAGGGAUAUCUGAAUUCAGUAGCAUGUACAAAGUCCUUCUUGCACUAUAUCUUCCCCCCAGACCAGGGGCAACAUUUAAUUUCAUAAAGAAACUUGUAAAAGUGA